UGAGAGGGUCUCGUUCUUUCUUUCCUUCCUCCCUGAGUGAGACGGUGGCAAGAUGAACGACAGCGUCACUAUUAGAACAAGGAAGUUUAUGACCAACAGACUGCUCCAGCGGAAGCAGAUGGUCAUAGAUGUCCUUCAUCCUGGAAAAGCCACUGUCCCCAAGACUGAAAUCAGGGAGAAGCUGGCUAAAAUGUACAAGACUACCCCAGAUGUGAUCUUUGUAUUUGGCUUUAGGACUCACUUUGGAGGCGGCAAAACUACUGGCUUUGGCAUGAUCUACGAUUCCCUAGACUAUGCGAAGAAAAAUGAACCCAAACACAGACUUGCCAGGCAUGGGUUGUAUGAAAAGAAAAAGACUUCUAGAAAACAACGUAAAGAAAGAAAGAACAGAAUGAAGAAAGUCAGGGGCACAGCCAAAGCAACUGUGGGUGCUGGUAAAAAGAAAUGAUCAUCAGUGAGUUUGGGUCUAAUUUUCACAGGUAUAUAAUGGUUUGUAAUAAGCAUGACUGCAUGGAAAUGUUGUGUGGUUAACUCUGGAGGGCUGGAUUGCCCUGCAGCCUACCUAAUAUUGUUGGCGAGCAAUA